UUCCUCUCGACUAACUUCCGACGUUGCUCGAGACAGUGCGAGGUCACACACGUUUUUCGGUCUUCUUACGGUGGUGUUACUCUCCCGAUCAAAAUGGCUAAGCGCACGAAGAAGGUUGGAAUCACCGGUAAAUAUGGCACCCGUUAUGGUGCCUCCCUUAGGAAAAUGGUAAAAAAGAUGGAAAUUACCCAACAUAGCAGAUAUACGUGUUCAUUUUGCGGCAAGGAAGCAAUGAAACGUAGCGUUGUUGGGAUUUGGUCGUGCAAACGAUGCAAGAGGACGGUUGCCGGUGGUGCGUGGGUAUAUUCCACAACGGCUGCCGCGUCAGUAAGAUCAGCAGUGCGUCGAUUACGUGAAGUUAAAGAACAAUAAGUGUAUGUAAUAAAUAUCUUUUCAAAAAUUUA